AUGCCGACUCAAUAUCGAGACAUCGUGACAGAAAUCUACAACUGGAAGCAAACCAGCAACAAGCAGAGCGAGCUGAAAGAUCCUCGAAAGCAUCAAAUUCUUUUUGCCGAGUCGGCGAAGAAGAAGCACGCUAAACCGACGUCAGAUGAUAAAAUACCCUCCGCGAGCGAAGAUAUCCAGCUAAGUCGACUGAUGGAUGACUACAUGCUUGGAGAAAAAGGAGAUCAAAUCAUGCAGCAGAUGGAGGAUCUGACCACGAACGAGCAGCCUUCGCCGAUAACGAAGCCGAGGUCUCAUUUCCAAGUCGGCGAUAGACUGCCGAUACCCAAGUCGCAAGAACCAGCACUUGAUCUUGACGCCAUGAGAUCGAUGGAGGACUUUGAAAAGUACAUUGCUGAGAACUAA